GCAACGGCCGGGCGCUCUGUCUCUUUAACGCGCGCUCCCGGCGCUCUGCGCGCGCUCCCGCCUCUAUAACUGGAGUCCAUGGAGUUGCAUUGGGUUCAGAGGGAGCAGGAACUGGGAGCCAAGCGCAGGGCUUUUAAAGGGAACGAUUCGAAUUUCAAGAAGGAGCCACCGGCUCGGCCGCGAUUGCUUGGCGACCUCCUGGAGGGGGCACCGAUGGGAGCGCAGAUCGCCCCGCGAGUUUAACGGAUACUUUCGCCGGGGGUGGGGGGCUUUUGUUGGGAUCCUCCUCCUCGACCCUCCCCACCCCCUCUCCCCGUUUGGGGGGCAUUUUCCUAGAAGAUUUGUACUUGUGUUUUGGCUGCCGCCCAGAUGUUGGUUCACACAUAUUCCGCCAUGGACCGCUCCGAUGGGCUGAACGGGAGCUCCACCGGCGGCCGCCUCUCGCAGCUGUCCUCGCUCAACCAGGCGGCGGCGUACUCCUCGGCGCCGCCGCUCUGCCACACGCCGGCCUCGGACUUCCAGCCGCCGUACUUCCCGCCGCCUUACCCGCAGCCGCCACCGCCGCCGCUGCCCUACGCGCAGAGCCAAGACGCCGCCGGCUACCCGCACCUGGGCGACCCCUACGCCGCCAUCAACCCGCUCCACCAGCACCAGCAGGGCGGCUGGCACGCGCAGCGGGCGCGCCAGGAGGAAGCGGCCGGCCUGCUCUCGCAGACGCACCGCGCGCUCGGCCUGGACCCGCGCCGGGACUACCCGGGCGUGCCGCGCCUGCUGCACGGCCUGGCUGACGGCGCGCACGCCUUGGCCGACGGGCCGCUCGGGCUGCACGCGCUGGGCCACCACAGCAUCGACGACAUCCAGGCAGUGGAUGAAACUGGCAUGAAUCUCUUGGACCAGUCUGUGAUCAAGAAAGUCCCAAUCCCCUCGAAAGCAAAUGGCACCAUCUCUGCCCUGUCCAUGAACAAAGACACCCUGAUAGGAGGGGUGACAAAUCCGAAUGAAGUCUUCUGCUCUGUGCCCGGGCGCCUGUCCCUCCUCAGCUCCACCUCAAAGUACAAGGUGACCGUCGGCGAAGUACAGAGGCGGCUUUCGCCCCCCGAAUGUCUCAAUGCAUCCCUUCUUGGCGGAGUCCUCCGGAGGGCAAAAUCUAAAAACGGUGGAAGAUGUUUAAGGGAAAGAUUGGAGAAGAUAGGGUUAAAUCUACCUGCUGGGAGGCGCAAAGCAGCUAAUGUCACCUUGCUAACGUCACUGGUGGAAGGGGAAGCCGUUCACCUGGCCCGAGAUUUUGGUUACGUGUGUGAAACAGAGUUCCCGGCCAAGGCUGCAGCAGAGUACCUCUGUCGCCAACAUUCAGAUCCCAGCGAGCUCCACGCUCGGAAAAAUAUGCUUUUGGCAACCAAGCAAAUCUGCAAAGAGUUUGCCGACUUGAUGGCUCAAGAUCGCUCUCCGCUUGGAAACAGCCGCCCGUCGCUCAUCUUGGAUCCUGGAGUUCAGAGUUGCUUGACCCACUUCAGCUUAAUAACUCAUGGUUUUGGGGGGCCAGCGAUCUGCGCGGCUCUCACGGCGUUCCAGAACUACUUGGUGGAGUCACUCAAAGGGCUCGAUAAAAUGUUCAUGAACAGCACAGGCAACGGCCACCCAGUCGGUGACUCCAAAACGUCAGAAAAGGACGUGAAACAUCGGAAAUGACCCUCUCCCCUCCCAAUUCUCCAGCCUUCCCCAGUAAGAGGGUUUUUCCCCCUUGCCAGUUCAUGAGAUAGGAGGCCUGGUCUUACCAACUUCGGGAAAAGAAAAACCAGUUGACACCACCCUCUCUCCCGCCAUGUUUUCCGAACUGUGACAGAUGUAUCUCUGAAACAAAGCCA